AUGGCACGCCAAAUUGUUGUUCUUGCCCUCAUCUUCUUCGCCAUCGUCGGGAUGGCCUCAGCGACCGCUGAAGUUCCGGUCGCCUCAGCCGAUGGCCCGAUAACUCCAGACGUGGUUGAUCCUAAUGUUAUUGGCACUACUGAUGGUAGCAGCGAUGCAGCACCCAUUGGUAGCCCUGUUUCUGAAAGUGCUUUCCCAAACCUCGCCCCCGUCCCAUCGGCUAAAAGUGGUGCAGUCACCUUGGACGUUUCCUCCAUUGCCGCUACUGCAGCCGCCACUUUUGCCGCAACAAAUAUAUUUCAGCUCAGCCCAAUUGAGGAUUUGGUAUUGGCAAUGUUGCUGCUUAGGCUGCUGCGUUUGUUCAGCGACGAAGACAUGUCAAAGGAGCUGAUGUUGUCGAGCAAGAGACAUGGUUCAGUUGAUCGAGUUUUUGUAAUUUGUGGUGAAGACGAGUUGUUAAAGAAGGAUUUUCAAAGAUGGAUGGUCGAGAAAAAUCACCCGAAUGAAGUGGUGGAGAUCACAGGAAGUGAUCACAUGGCCAUGAUGUCUAAGCCGGUUGAGCUUUCAGUUCAUCUCCGGUGCAUUGCUGACAAGUAUUCUUGA